AUGAUCGCGAACCGUUCACGCAUCUGGUCAACCGGCACGGUCGGGAAACCGAUAACGGCUGGGUCGUGUGGGAGAACCUUCGCACCGGCUGGGAUCGUGCCUACGGUGUCUAUACCCGCGCCCGCGCCUAUUCGGACGGUUUGCCCGAUGGCGACCCAGCCCGAGGACCCGUGCCGUCGACAGCUAUGUGCCGCGAUGGAUCGCGUCAUCGCUGCGCCCGCGCCCGAUCUAGAAGCUCUGGCGGUGAAGAUCGACUUCAUGCGCGAGCGAGAAUGCUACGCCGACGACUGGCUGGAAAUUUUCGCCGCCGAUGCCUGUCGGCUCCGUGCGGAGGGGCGCUGA